UGCUUCAAAGCGUAGAGUACAAACUCAAAAUGUGGAGUUGCGAGAAUCACACACGACACUCGUUAACGGCGGUGCCCAAACCCACGUGGAAAUUGGAAUGUUGAUGAACAACAUCUCUGCCACUGCCUCUGAUUCCCCGCCUGCCUUAUCCUGAUCUCCAAUCCAGAAACCUCCCCCGUCGACGUAUCCAUGGCGACGUUAGGAGUAGUAUUCCCUCGCAUCAUCUGCCCACACAAUUCCAGACCGAGAUCCACCACUACAUCAAUGGCGGCAAACGCGAAUUCCCAUUCUCAAUUGAGGAAGGAAGAAAUAGUGAUCGUCGGAGCAGGAAUCGCUGGCCUAUCCACUGCACUCGCCCUUCGCAGGGAAGGAAUCGAAUCGCUGGUGGUCGAGCAGGCCGAUUCGCUCAGAGCCGAGGGGACUUCGCUUACGCUUUUCAAAAAUGGAUGGAAAGUUUUGGAUUCCAUUGGAGUCGGGGCUCUACUCAGAGAUCAAUUCCUUCGUAUUCAAGGGAUGGUUGUGAAAUCGAAUGACGGCCGAGAAUUACGCACAUUUAAUUUCAAAGACCACGACGAAAGUCAGGAGGUGCGUCCCGUGGAAAGGAGGAUUCUAUUGGAGACUCUUGCGAACAAACUACCUCAAAAUGCAAUUUCCUUUUCAUCCAAGCUCAAGAGCAUCGAACGAAGCGAAUAUAAUCGCUCACUACUUACAUUCGAGGAUGAUUCUCGGAUAUCAGCCGAGAUUGUCAUUGCUUGUGAUGGGAUACGGUCUCCCGUCGCCAAAUGGAUGGGCUUCCCGGAUCCCAAAUAUGUCGGACAAUAUGCUAUCCGUGGACUCGCAGUUUACCCUGACGGGCAACCUUUGGAGCCUAAAGUUACUUACGUAUACGGGAGAGGUGUCCGUGCCGGUUAUGUGCCGGUUUCCCCUACCAAAGUGUAUUGGUUUGUUUGUUUCAACAAACCAUCACCAGGCCCUAAAAUCACAAGCCCGUCCAUAUUAAGACAAGAAGCCGAGGAAUUGACUAAAGAUUGGCCUUCCGAGCUUGUAAGCAUCAUAGAGUCCACUCCGGACGAUGCAAUCAUAAGAACCCCUCUAAUGGACCGAUGGUUGUGGCCGGGGAUUGUCCCACCGGCCUCCACCGGACAAGUGGUUGUCGUAGGUGACGCAUGGCACCCAAUGACACCAAAUCUCGGACAAGGUGCAUGUUGUGCGCUUGAGGAUGCCGUGAUCUUGGCAAAGAAUCUAGCACAAGCACUAAAGCUUGGGUCGAUGAGCGUGGAGGAUGCUUUCCGAUUGUAUGAAAGGGAAAGGCUACCGAGAAUCUUUCCAUUGACGGUACGAGCGAAUCUUGUGGGUUCAUUGUUGCAUUUAAAGAAUCCGGUUGUUUGUUAUGUUCGAGAUAAUAUUGUUGUGUCCAAACUGGUCGAGCUCGGCCCUAUGUUGGAACAUACGAAUUUUGAUUUCGAACCUAUCCAGACCAUGGAAUGAAUGAACGAACAAUUGGCCGUUGUUGA